AUGCAUAUUUUUGAAGUUCAUAAUGUAGAUUUAAAACAUAAAAAUAUUACUUUAGUUGGAAAAAGUAUUCUAGUAGGAAUUCCUUUAUCUUUUUUAUUACUUUAAAAAGGUGCCUUUGUAAAAUUCUGUGAUAUCCAUAAUAAUAUUCAGGAAUCAGUUAAAGAUGCUGAUAUUAUUAUUAGUGCGGCUGGUGUUAGAAAUUUGAUUUAAGGAGAUUUUGUUAAAGAAGGAGUUAUUGUUAUUGAUGCUGGAUGUAAUAAAGGAAUUAGAAAAAUCGAUAAAAGGAGAGUUGUUGGAGAUGUGGAAUUUAAUAAAGUAUCUUAAAAGGCUAAAUUAAUAAAUUUAGUUCCAGGAGGUGUUGGACCUAUAACUGUUAGUAUGUUAAUUAAAAAUGUAGUUUAAUGUUGGAAAUAAAAUCUUUAAAUAGAAGAUUAAUAAAAAUAGGAUAAAUUAUGA